AUGUCGUCGCCGUCGCGCCGGAGCUCCAGCCCCGAGAGCAACAUCGACGGCGGCAGCGGCAGCGGCUCCGCCGGUGACGAGCGCAAGCGCAAGAGGAUGCUGUCCAACAGGGAGUCGGCGAGGCGGUCCCGCGCUCGCAAGCAGCAGCGGAUGGAGGAGCUCAUCGCCGAGGCCAGCCGCCUCCAGGCCGAGAACAAGCGCGUGGAGGCCCAGAUCGGCGCCUACACGACCGAGCUGACCAAGGUGGACGGCGAGAACGCCGUGCUCCGCGCGCGCCACGGCGAGCUCGCCGGCCGGCUGCAGGCGCUCGGCGGCGUCCUGGAGAUCUUCCAGGUGGCCGGCGCGCCCGUGGACAUCCCGGAGAUCCCUGACCCGCUGCUCCGCCCAUGGCAGUCCCCGUUCGCGCCCCAGCUGGCCACCGCCGGCGGCAUGCCUGACGCGUUCCAGUUCUGA